CAAGCGCGUCACUAUCGCAAGGGGGAUCUAAACGUUGCGCCCCCUUCGUCUAUCACGGACACCAUACCAGGCGCGGCCUCAUGCUGAACACGCCGCAAACAGACGUCAGCCAUUUAAACUGCCGCUCAUACACCAUUACUCUUUGCCUCUCCCGUUUACCUCUCCCCGUAACGUCCCUAGCACCCGGCCCUUCCCUUCAAGUCCAUUAGGACGUUCCCCCUCCCCACCGCUAUCCCUCUGUCGUAGAAGUUACUUCGGCCAGGAUGCCAUCCAAGCAGUCUGCGUCUGCGAACACUCCUCCUCCCCCCGCUCUCGGCACUCUCAUCGACAACAAUACCCUAGAGCUCGUAGAAGUGUUGGGCGUCGGCGGGUAUGGGGUUGUCUAUCGCGCCGUUGACACCCGUGAUCCCCUUCUCACUUCCUACGCCGUCAAGUGCCUCAUAAGCUCCCACAUUCACCACAGCACGCGGCAGCGUCAGCUUCACAUACGUGAGAUAGCUCUGCAUCGCCUCGCUUCAGCGCAUCCGAAUGUGGUCACUCUUCAUAGGGUGGUCGAGGAGGGCAACUACACCUACAUCAUCAUGGAUUACGCGAGUGACGGCGACCUUUUCUCCCAGAUAUUGCAUAAUUGCCGCUACCUGGGUCAUGACCACCUUAUCAAGCACAUAUUUCUACAGCUCCUUGACGCUGUCGAGUACUGCCAUUCACUUGGCAUAUACCACCGCGACCUUAAGCCAGAGAAUGUCCUGUGCUUUGACGGCGGCAUGCGAGUCGCCAUCACCGAUUUUGGCCUUGCUACAACUGAUAGGUUUAGCGAGGAAUUCAGAACGGGUAGCGUAUAUCACAUGAGUCCAGAAUGUCAAGGAGGGGAAUUCGCUCCGACAGGCUCGUAUUCACCCCUAUUCAAUGACAUUUGGUCGUUGGCAAUAAUCCUCCUCAACCUCGCCACCGGUCGAAAUCCGUGGAAGUCGGCGUCAUCAUCAGACCCCACGUUUCAAGCGUAUUUGCAGGACCCGGCUAAUUUUUUGCCAACCGUCUUACCUAUUUCGCCCGAGGUGAACGAGAUUCUGUGCCGCAUGUUGGAAGUGGAUUGGAGGCACCGCCUCACUCUUGCAGAGGUUCGCGUGGCGAUUCAGGACGUGGAACACUUCUACGCAGAGGGUGUUAUAUUUGAGGGCAGCAUGGCCCGUUGUGCCUGGGAGGUCGAUGUCGACCUUGAGAGCGACAGCGACUCCUCUAACCAUGAGGAACUUGUCGAGGCUCAAGAUGAGCUCAAGUCCUUUUGGAGCAAAGAUUCGGAUGCGGAGAUGGACUUUACGAGGCAUUCUGUACACAAUCCGGCUUGGGAGCAGUACUCGUCGUGCAACGCAACCUGGGCCAUCGAAUCGUCUAUUCGGUCGCCAUCGCCGUCUUUGAUCGAGCCACUCAAAAUAUACGAGUCCCCUCGUACUCCACCUUCGACAUACUCGCCCCAAUCUCCUGUUUCCAGCUCAUUACCCUCCGUUCCCGCCACUCCUGAGGGUGUCACGGUGAUGCGCAGCAGGCCCACGCCGAUUCCCUCCAAAGGUCUUAAGAUCAACACAGUGUGCGGGCGUCGUAUAUUCUUCACUGGUAGCAGUGAAACACGUUCUACCUUUUCCUCUAUGCACACUGCUGUCGAAAGCUCAACACCGUUCUCUUCCUGUUUUUACCUUCCAACUCCCCCCUCCGUUUCGAAACUGUCUUUGCCUUGGACAAAUUCUGGAAUGCCUUCUUCAGUUGACCUCGGUGCUUAUUCUACUCCUGAAAGCCAACGGAUGGACUCCACAUGGGAUUACACAGAAACAGACUAUUCCCCAUCAUCAUACCCCUCCACGUCGUCCUCGAGCGUUGUGGGUCUCGACCUCGAUCUUUCUCCCACGUGUCACGUUGCCGAGGACACUACACUGGCCACCUGGCGGCGUGACCAAGUUACGCCUGGUAUGAAUCACUUUGUGCCCGCCGUAGUCAUGAAUGCCUUUCGUUCCGUUGACGCCCCCCUUCCGACUCCUCCUCCUUCAGCCCCAAUCCCGAUCCCACGUUCUACUGCCAGUGAGGAGAAGAGAUGGUCCUCAAGCCUGUGGAGGUUCUCAUUCCCCCGCUCGUCGUCGCCGCCACACCAAAUGGAAGAACGGCCGCGUUCGCGCAGGGGGUCUUUCACAGAUUCGUUUCCCUUCUCCACGUUCUUUUCUUCGAGUCCCACUUGGGGACGUCGGUCGCCGUCACCUAACAUGCCGGAGCCGCCACCACCUGUUGUAACCGCUACACACGAGCAAUGCCGGCAGCAGGCCCCACGGCCUCGUCAAAAACGCCACUGGUUUUCACCAGGAAAACUGUUCGCUACAGCUGGUGGCUUAUAGCCUUGUUCUCAUUCACUCAUUCAUCAUUCUUCCGACCUACUCACGAUUUCUUAUGCCAUGACAUUAGCAUUUUCGGCGCCAUCUUACAACACCUUUCGAUUUCUCUUUUUCUUUGAUUUACUGUUGUGCAACCAUCCAGGCAUUAUGUAUGAGUACCUGGCGUACAAGAAAAUCUUAUGUAUCGAUAUGCGGCUGUAAAUUUCAUGCAAUUCACGCACGCAUGCAGUGUCCUUCAUCCAUUUGCCCUUGGCUCUUUGAACCUGUUAAUGGCAAUAUUAUUAGUAUGAUCUCUUCA